GCCUCCCUUGCUGCUGCCAGGCCGUAUUGCCUGGGCCCCGUACCCCCCCUCAUGCUGCUGCCAGGCCCGAUCUUCAUGGGUCCCUUACGGCCUCCCAUUGCUGCUGUCUCCAUCGCCACACUCUGCCAUGGCCCCUUUCAGGGGCCUCCCAUUGGCUGCUGCCAGGCCUUAUUCUGCCAUGGGCCCCUGUUACCUGCCUCCUCGAAAGCUGCUGGGCCAGGAUCCACAGUGUCUCAUGGGUCCCUGGUAACGCUCCUCGCCUCCAUUAGCUGCAUUGUACUCCAUCGCCACACACUGCAUGUGCCUCUCCAUUCAAGGUCUCCUCAGCACUGAGCUGGUGGGUUUCAUUUUUGUCAUAGGGUGCUGUAUGGCCUCCACAUUGCUGCUGCCGAGGCCUACUAUUCUGCACACUCUGGGCUCCCCGUUUGACGCUCUCAUGGCUGCUGCCAGGCCCGUAAUCUGUCAUGGGCCCCUUUCAGUCGCUUGUUGGCAUAUUUACCGCUCUUAGUUUAUAGUUCAGAUGCUCCUUUCUCCUGCUACGCUCCCUUUCCACGUGAUUCCGUCAGCAGUGCUUCUUGGGAAUUUCCCGUUUUUUCCAGCAGAGAUCAA